ACCCCUGGGCAGAUGGGGACGCAUCCUUUAGAAACUAAGUCGGGCCGCCCAGGGGCGAGGGAACGUGCGCGGGCAAGGCUGCCCAAUUUCCAGGGUCCUUCAUGCCGCCUCUGCGCCCCGACGUGCGAGAACACUGCCCUUGGCAGUGCAGGGCGCCCCCACUUACUACUCCCCCCGGCUGGGCCCGGCCAGCAGGGAGGGCCGCCCUGUGCGCGCCCUCCCUCUUCACUCCCCAGGGCGGCGCAGGGUGGCGGGCCCUGCUUUGCGAGCGCCGCCCUCUCGGAGGUCUUUGUCCCGAGGGCGUGGAAGGGAGGGUCCCGGGGGCGGGGGAGGUGCGCAUUUCCCGCGCCGCGCACUCUAUCCGCGCCUGCCGCGCUGCCACCUCCAGCAGUACCUGCGUCAUGGGCGGGCUCCACGAGAUCGCUCUGCACCGGGCGUCCGGCUUCUUCGCCCCGGGCUCCGGCUCCUUCGCCCCGGGCUCCGGCCCCGGGCUUUUCUGGCCCAAGACCCAGGGUUCGGACUUGGCGCCUCCAAGCGCCUCGGGCUUGGGAGCAGCGCCUAGACCUUCGCUGCCGGGCUUUGAGAACUCGUUCCCCCAGGAUCGCCACGACGGGAGCAGCAAUGGGAAUCCGCGAGUCCCCCACCUCUCCUCCGCCGGGCAGCACCUCUACAGCCCCGCGCCACCCCUCUCCCACACUGGAGUCGCCGAAUAUCAGCCGCCACCCUACUUUCCCCCUCCCUACCAGCAGCUGGCCUACUCCCAGUCGGCCGACCCCUACUCGCAUCUGGGGGAAGCGUACGCCGCCGCCAUCAACCCCCUGCACCAGCCGGCGCCCACAGGCAGCCAGCAGCAGGCCUGGCCGGGCCGCCAGAGCCAGGAGGGAGCGGGGCUGCCCUCGCACCACGGGCGCCCUGCCGGCCUGCUGCCCCACCUCUCCGGGCUGGAGGCGGGCGCGGUGAGCGCCCGCAGGGAUGCCUACCGCCGCUCCGACCUGCUGCUGCCCCACGCACACGCCCUGGAUGCCGCGGGCCUGGCCGAGAACCUGGGGCUCCACGACAUGCCUCACCAGAUGGACGAGGUGCAGAAUGUCGACGACCAGCACCUGUUGCUGCACGAUCAGACAGUCAUUCGCAAAGGUCCCAUUUCCAUGACCAAGAACCCUCUGAACCUCCCCUGUCAGAAGGAGCUGGUGGGGGCCGUAAUGAACCCCACUGAGGUCUUCUGCUCAGUCCCUGGAAGAUUGUCACUCCUCAGCUCUACGUCUAAAUACAAAGUGACAGUGGCUGAAGUACAGAGGCGACUGUCCCCACCUGAAUGCUUAAAUGCCUCAUUACUGGGAGGUGUUCUCAGAAGAGCCAAAUCGAAAAAUGGAGGCCGGUCCUUGCGGGAGAAGUUGGACAAGAUUGGGUUGAAUCUUCCGGCUGGGAGACGGAAAGCCGCUCAUGUGACUCUCCUGACAUCCUUAGUAGAAGGUGAAGCUGUUCAUUUGGCUAGGGACUUUGCCUAUGUCUGUGAAGCCGAAUUUCCUAGUAAACCAGUGGCAGAAUAUUUAACCAGACCUCAUCUUGGAGGACGAAAUGAGAUGGCAGCUAGGAAGAACAUGCUAUUGGCGGCCCAGCAACUGUGUAAAGAAUUCACAGAACUUCUCAGCCAAGACCGGACACCCCAUGGGACCAGCAGGCUCGCCCCAGUCUUGGAGACGAACAUACAGAACUGCUUGUCUCAUUUCAGCCUGAUUACCCACGGGUUUGGCAGCCAGGCCAUCUGUGCCGCGGUGUCUGCCCUGCAGAACUACAUCAAAGAAGCCCUGAUUGUCAUAGACAAAUCCUACAUGAACCCUGGAGACCAGAGUCCAGCUGAUUCUAACAAAACCCUGGAGAAAAUGGAGAAGCACAGGAAAUAAAAUUGGGACGAAGAAAGGUUCGGAGAGUAGGGAAGGAACAGGACUGCAAAAAUCCUUCUCCACCGCACAGACUGGGAACCCCUCCUGGCCUGGGGGAAGAGUUUGUUACCUACCUUACUAUUUAAAGAGCCUUCACUGGUUCUGCAUCACCCGCCCCUGGACUCCUUAGUUGUUUCUCUAGCGCUGAGCUAUCUCCUAACUUUGGACCUAUUAUCAGAAGGUGACAAGUACUGGCUCUUUAUUCAUUAAGCUUUUUUUUUUGAACCCCAUUCUUUCCUUCUCUGAAAGUGGUGCUACAAGUUUUAGAAUCUUUUAAAUACAUUCCCUGGGCCAACAGACCCACACACUUAGCCAUUGAAAUGUCAAAUUGAUGUGCUCUAGAUCAACAGAUCAACAAUACCUUUUUUUUCAGUGUUAAGGUAAUGGCUGGUUUUUGUGUCCGCUAAAUAUUUACCUUGAAAAAAAGAAAAGUGUGUAUCUAGCUUCUUCGGAGAUCAAGUCCUCUGGUAGGAGGCAAAGGUUCUGUCUGCUUAGCAACUAGUUAAUAAGUGGUAUCUGAAACACUCUAAACCCCGUGUUCAAAGGGGGCCUUCUGGUUUUAGGAAACUUGUAGAAACGAAGCCUGCUGAUUGAUUUUUUUUCUCCUUUUUUUUUUUUUUUAACUUUGAAAGUUAACUCUUCAAAUGGGAGACUCUUUGAAAUGACAUGUUCCUUUAAGGUACUGAAGCUUUAUUUGCAUAUUUAUUUCAGAUGUUUCGAGUAAACUUGAAAAGGGUAGGCACGAAGCAAUUUGUUGCUGCUUGUCACCCCCAAGUCCCCGUGGAGGUUCUGUAUUUUAAGAAACAGUGCGUUGAGUGUACAGAUUUUAUUUAUGCGUAAUUUAAUGGGGUCUGUAAAUACUGGUGUACUUCUUACGACUUUUUUGAGACAUGGGAUCCAAUUUUAAUAUUAACUUUUAAUGGUGAUGGGGUAAUCUAUAACACAUCAUAAGGUUUUAUUCAUAUAUAUACAGGGUAUUAAGAAUUAAGAGGAUGCUGGGCUCUGUUCUUGGCUUGGAAGAUUCUAUUUAAUUGAAACUCUCUGUUCAGAAAGCAAUAACUUUGUCUCGUUCCUGUUGGGCUGAACCCUAAGGUGAGUGUGCAGUACAGUGUGUGUGGGUGAAAUGGAGAUUUGGAAUUGAACUCUCUGCCUGUAAAUGUUCCCCAAAUAAUUGUUGUGUGUAUGAUACAUGUAUAAUAAAGGUAUUCUUGUUAGAAUCUGAAA